AUGCCAGGACAAGAAAAACAUUCGCGUUCGAAGGAGGAAGCUAUACGAUCCAUAACAGAGGAUACGAAAUUAAAGGAACUAUUCAAAAAAAUCGACAAGAAUAAAAAUGGAAUAGUUGAUUUCGACGAUCUUACCGAAGCUCUCAAAGCGAUGGACAUUCACACUACUCCAGCUCACGCAAAGAAAAUAUUUGAUAAAUGUGAUGAAGAUCAUGAUGGGCAGAUAGAUUUUCGAGAAUUUGUGAAAUACGUAACAGAACAUGAACAGACACUAAAACUCUUUUUUAAAAAGAUUGAUACAAAUUCAGAUGGUAUUAUUGACGCCAAUGAAAUCAAAGCUUCAUUCCAGAAACUGGGGGUCAAUAUUGACAAAAAAGAAGCAGAAAAUCUCUUAAAAAGAAUGGAUAAAGAUGGAACAUUAAAUAUUGACUGGAAUGAAUGGAGGGAUUAUUUACUACUAUCUACUGAUCCUGAUGUAGAUAUAAGAGAUAUCCUACAUUACUGGAGACAUUCAUCAAUAAUAGAUAUUGGUGAAAAUGGAAUGAUACCAGAUGAUUUCACAGAAAAAGAAUUAAAAACAGGAUUAUGGUGGCGGCAGUUGGUAGCAGGCGGUGGUGCUGGAGCCGUUUCGCGUACUUUCACAGCUCCUCUAGACAGAUUAAAAGUUUUAUUACAGGUACAUGGGUCGAAACAUAAUUUAGGUAUCGUAUCUGGGUUUAAACAGAUGUUAGAUGAAGGUGGAUAUCGGUCAUUAUGGCGAGGGAAUUUUAUGAAUGUUAUCAAAAUUGCACCAGAAUCAGCACUGAAAUUUAUGGCAUAUGAACAGAUAAAAACGUUAAUAAAAGGAGAUGGUAAACAUGAAAUUGGUGUAUUAGAAAGAUUAGUAUCAGGGUCUGCUGCUGGGGCUAUAUCACAAACUAUUAUUUAUCCCAUGGAGUUAUUAAAAACAAGAUUAGCUCUAAGAAGAACUGGUCAAUAUAAUGGUAUAUUUGAUUGUGCAAAGAAGAUUUUAAAAGCAGAAGGAAUUGGCAGUUUUUAUCGGGGUUAUAUACCUAAUUUAAUAGGUAUUAUACCCUACGCUGGUAUAGAUUUAGCUAUUUAUGAAACAUUAAAGAAGUUUUAUAUGAAGAAGAAUAAAGAUAAAGAUCCAGGAGUAUUUGUGUUAUUAGGAUGUGGUACUGUUAGUUCUACUUGUGGACAAUUAGCUAGUUAUCCUUUAGCUUUGAUUAGAACCAGACUACAGGCACAAUCUUCAACAGAAAAAGACACAUUGAUGACGAUGAGUAAAAAAAUAUUAAAAACUGAUGGUCCAUUAGGAUUCUACCGUGGUAUAGCCCCCAACUUCUUGAAAGUAGCCCCGGCUGUCAGUAUCAGUUAUGUUGUUUAUGAACAAAUCAGGAAGCAAUUAGGAAUGAAUUAA